AUGUUGCAAGCAAUCAAACCUAUGCUCCGUCAGCUUGCACCAGCGCGGCCUACUGCCCGCUUCGUAUUGGCCCAACUGCUGGCCACCUACCCAGGUGCUCAGCUCUUGAAAAACUUUGAAGGUGACAAAGCACAGCAUCUUGUCGACGUCUCCAAGGUGUUGGUGAUCGGUUCCGGAGGGCUCUCCAUCGGCCAGGCGGGAGAAUUCGAUUAUUCGGGUUCCCAGGCCAUCAAAGCGUUGAAAGAAGCCAAUAAGCAGAGUAUUUUGAUCAACCCUAAUAUCGCCACCAAUCAGACAUCCCAUGCUUUGGCAGAUGAAAUCUACUACUUGCCGGUGACCGCCGAAUACAUCACGUACAUCAUUGAAAGAGAACAACCCGAUGGAAUUUUGUUGACGUUUGGCGGUCAAACUGCGUUGAACGUCGGGGUUAAAUUGGAUAAAAUGGGGGUUUUCGAGCGGUACAACGUCAAGGUGUUGGGUACGCCCAUCAAGACGUUGGAGACAUCCGAGGACCGUGACUUGUUUGCCCAGGCGUUGAAUGAAAUCAAUAUCCCCAUCGCUGAGUCCAUUGCCGUGGAAACAGUGGACGAUGCUUUGGCAGCAGCCGAAGAAGUUGGAUACCCCAUCAUCGUCCGGUCCGCCUACGCGUUGGGAGGUUUGGGCUCAGGGUUCGCCAACAAUAAAGACGAGUUGAGAAACCUCGCUUCCCAGUCGUUGUCGUUGGCACCCCAGAUCUUGGUGGAAAAAUCCUUGAAAGGGUGGAAAGAAGUGGAAUAUGAAGUGGUCAGAGACCGUGUUGAUAACUGUAUCACCGUGUGUAACAUGGAGAACUUUGACCCGUUGGGAAUCCACACGGGAGACUCCAUCGUGGUGGCCCCAUCGCAGACGCUUUCGGAUGAAGAGUAUCAUAUGUUGAGAAGCGCAGCCAUCAAGAUCAUUAGACACUUGGGAGUUGUGGGAGAAUGUAACGUACAAUAUGCUUUACAGCCCGAUGGACUCGACUACCGAGUCAUUGAAGUCAACGCCCGGUUGUCGAGAUCAUCGGCAUUGGCGUCCAAAGCUACUGGUUACCCAUUGGCCUACACGGCUGCUAAAAUCGCCUUGGGUCACACUUUACCCGAAUUACCCAACCCUGUUACCAGAACCACAUCCGCCAACUUCGAGCCUUCAUUGGAUUAUAUGGUCACCAAGAUUCCCAGAUGGGAUUUGGCCAAAUUUCAGCACGUGAAGAGAGAUAUUGGAUCUGCUAUGAAAUCGGUGGGUGAGGUGAUGGCCAUCGGCAGAAACUUUGAGGAAUCGUUUCAAAAGGCCAUCAGACAAGUGGACCCAUCAUUUGUUGGAUUCCAAGGUGAUCAUUUUGAAGACUUGGACGAUGCUUUGGCCAACCCUACCGAUAGAAGAUGGUUGGCGGUGGGUCAGGCUUUAUUACAUGAAAACUAUACGGUUGACCGCGUGCACGAGUUGCUGAAAAUCGACAAGUGGUUCUUAUACAAAUUGAUGAAUAUCGUCAACAUGUACCGGGAAUUAGAAGCAGCCACCACUCUUGCUAACAUUAACAGUGAUUUGAUGCAGAGAGCCAAAAAAUUGGGUUUCUCCGAUAAGCAAAUCGCUCUUUGUGUGGGAUCACAGGAAUUGGAGGUUAGGGCCGUCAGAAAACUGUACGGGCUAGUGCCGUUUGUCAAGAAAAUCGACACUUUGGCGGCCGAGUUUCCAGCGAACACAAACUACUUGUACACCACCUACAAUGCCACCUCCUCCGACUUGGACUUCAAUGACAAAGGAACCAUGGUAUUGGGUCUGGGGGUUUACCGGAUCGGGUCGUCGGUCGAGUUCGACUGGUGUGCCGUGUCCACCGCCAGAGCUCUCCGUCAGUCUGGUCACAAGACCAUCAUGAUCAACUACAACCCCGAAACCGUGUCCACUGAUUUUGACGAGGUCGACCGGUUAUAUUUUGAAGAGCUUUCCUUGGAAAGAGUGCUUGAUAUCUACGAGUUGGAAACCGCCAGCGGCGUGGUCGUCAGUGUUGGGGGUCAGUUGCCCCAGAACAUCGCAUUGGCGUUGCAAAACAACGGGUGCAAUGUGUUGGGAACCGACCCGGAAGACAUCGACAAGGCUGAAGACCGUCACAAGUUCUCCCAGAUCUUGGACUCCAUCGGUGUUGACCAGCCCCAAUGGAAGGAGUUGACGUCCAUCGCUGAGGCCGAGGCUUUUGCCAACGAUGUCGGGUACCCGGUGUUGGUGCGUCCCUCGUACGUGUUGAGUGGUGCGGCAAUGUCUGUCAUCAACAGUCAGAACGAGUUGGAGGCCAAGUUAUCCAACGCCUCCAAAGUGUCUCAGGACCAUCCAGUGGUGAUUUCUAAGUUCAUUGAAGGGGCCCAAGAAAUCGAUAUUGACGGGGUGGCCAGUGACGGCCAAGUGUUGGUGCACGCGGUGUCAGAACAUGUGGAAAAUGCCGGGGUUCACUCAGGUGAUGCUACCUUGGUGUUGCCUCCACAGCAGUUGUCACCAGUGGUGAUGGCCCGGUUGAAGGAAAUCGCCGAUAAGGUGGCCCAUGCCUGGAAGAUCACCGGACCGUUCAACAUGCAAAUCAUCAAAGACGACCAAAAUGGCCUGUUGGACGAUGCCACCUGUGCGUUGAAAGUCAUCGAAUGUAAUAUCCGGGCGUCCAGAUCGUUCCCAUUUGUGUCCAAGGUGUUGGGAGUCAACUUCAUCGACGUGGCUGUCAAGGCCUUGAUCAAGCAUGAGGUACCUGCUCCAGUGGAUUUGAUGAACAAGAACUACGGGUGGGUUGCCACCAAGGUUCCCCAAUUCUCCUUCACUCGGUUGGCGGGUGCCGACCCAUUCUUGGGAGUGGAAAUGUCCUCCACUGGAGAAGUGGCUUGUUUUGGUGAAGAUGUCAAUGAGGCCUACUGGACUUCGAUUCAGUCGACCAUGAACUUUAAGUUGCCUACUCCCGGCCAAGGAAUUCUUUUUGGUGGAGACUUGACCAACGAUAAGUUGGGACAUGUGGCAGCAUUGGUGUCCGAUUUGGGCUACCAUUUCUUCAGUGCCGAUGAUGCAACGGUGGAGUACUUGGUCAAAUAUACCAACCAACCAGUGGAAACCAUCGAGUUUCCCAAAACCGACAAGAGGGCCUUGAGGGAAAUCUUCCAGAAGCAUGACAUCGGGGCCGUGUUCAACUUGGCCCGUGCCCGGGCUGAAGACUUGUUGGAUAAGGACUAUGUCAUGAGAAGAAAUGCCAUUGACUUUGGUAUUCCCUUGUUCAACGAGCCCAACACCACCAAGUUGUUUGCCGAGUGUUUGAAAAAGUAUAUUGCUGCCAAGCCCUCUUUCGACGUCACCCCUGAAACGGUAGUUAUCCCUCAGGAGGUCAAGAGAUGGAGUGAGUUCAUUGGUGGAAAGCCUGUGUAG